GUAGCACUGAGUGGCUGCAACAAAAAGCACAGAAUAACAUCCCUGACUCCCCGCUCGGCUUUUUUCUCUCUCCCUGCGUCUCCGCUAGCAGACGGGCUCCGCUCACAGCUCUGCAGAGGCUAUGCUGAGUCUCUCCACCGGCAUCGGGAGCACCGCGCCUGCCUAACAUCAACAAGUUAGGGCUUUGAGGACCGCGGCAAAGGAGAGGGGGACCAUUCGACUCCAAUUAGGCGUCGGAGGUGACAGGCACCGCGGCUGAGAGGAAACAAAUAAGAGAAAGAAGGAGCAGCAGGAGGGGGGAGCCUGAUCACCAGAGUCAUUUUGGAUGCAACUGAUUAACUUGAGAAAAUAUAGAAAUAUACGUCUGAAGGAUUUUGGCAAGGGGGAAAAUGAAGCUUGGACAUUCUGAACUUGGAAUUUAAUGGGCACAAAGACAAGGAUUAAAAAGCUUGGGACAUGGAAUUUCAUAUUUUGUUUCAGUUGUGUGGGCUCCGAAUUGCUUUAUUCCCAAAGAGGCUGAUUCCUUUUGUGCUUAAUCAAAAGGGUUUUUUCCCUUUGGAUUCUUCUUCCAUCUGGUUGCUCCAAGAGUCUGCGGAAAAGGACAGUUGAAUGCAGCCUCCGAUGUGCACAAAAGAAUGGGUUUCCAUUCAAGGUGGCCAUUGGUGGGACCAGCACCAGCGGCUGUGUGUGCGUGUGUGAUCAGCAUGCUCCUCGUGUGCCUGCUGCCUCCUGCAACAUGCACAACCUGCCCUCAGAAAUGCCGCUGUGAGGACCUGCAGUUCUACUGCGACACCCAGGGGCUCCAGGCCCCCCCAGAUGGUGUGGACAAGGGUGCUCUGGGGCUGUCCCUGCGCCACAACAGCAUCACCGAGCUCAGCCCCGACCAGUUCUACGGCUUCAGCCAGCUCACGUGGCUCCAUCUCGACCACAACCAGAUCACCACCGUACAAGAGGACGCAUUUCAAGGGCUGUACAAGCUCAAGGACCUCAAUCUGAGCUCCAAUCGAAUCACCAAGUUGCCCAACACAACCUUCAUCCACCUCAUCAACCUGCAGAUCCUGGACCUGUCCUUCAACCAGAUGACUUCCCUGGAGCCUGAACUGUUCCACGGUCUGAGGAAGCUUCAGAUUCUCCACCUUCGCUCCAACCUGCUCCGCACCACCCCUGUCCGGGCUUUCUGGGACUGUCGUAGCCUGGAAUAUCUGGGUCUAAGCAGCAACCGUCUAAGGAGCUUGGCCCGGAAUGGAUUUGCUGGGCUCAUUAAACUUAAAGAGCUCCACUUGGAGCAUAAUCAACUGACCAAGAUCAACUUGGCCCAUUUCCCGCGCCUUGUUGCCCUACAGUUUCUAUAUCUGCAGUGGAAUAAGAUCAACAAUGUGACGUGUGGCAUGGAGUGGACCUGGACCACUUUAGAAAAGUUGGACCUCACAGGAAAUGAGAUCAGAGUCCUGACACCUGAUGUGUUUCAAACGCUGCCAAAUUUGAAGAUUUUACUUCUGGAUAACAACAAACUAAGCAGUCUGGAUCCACAAGUCUUGGAUAUGUGGCAGUCUCUAGGUACUAUUGGGCUGUCCAGCAACCUUUGGGAAUGUACCAAAAGGAUUUGCUCUCUAGCCACUUGGCUAAGCACCUUUAGGGGAAGGUGGGAACAUUCCAUUCUCUGCCAUAGUCCUGAGUACGCCCAAGGAGAGGAGAUACUGGAUGCAGUUUAUGGAUUCCAGCUUUGUCAGAAUUUUUCAGCUCCGGUUGUUCAAACCACAAGCACGACCACAGAUGCUACUACAGCUGCCGAAAUCACAAGCUCUUUGUUUGGAAUUAUGCAGCCGACCCCCACGCAGGACUAUGCAGAGGAAUAUGUGAGCUUUUCCACAGCUACGACCACAACAUUUACAACACCGAUACCACGCACUGCUCAAGCUACAACCGCUAUAUCAGAAGAGGCAGCAGUAACGGAUGACUUCUCGGCUAUGGACAACACCGUUAUGACUCAUAGGGUAAUCAUUGGAACUAUGGCCCUGCUCUUUUCAUUCUUUUUCAUCAUUUUCGUUGUGUAUAUCUCACGGAAGUGCUGCCCCCCCACCCUGCGCCGGAUACGCCACUGUUCAGCUAUCCAAAACCGCAGACAAAUGAGGACCCAGCAAAGGCAACCUAUGGCAGACCUAGCCACACAGGUGCCAUAUAACGAGUACGAGCCUAGCCACGAGGAGGGGGCACUUGUCAUCAUCAAUGGCUAUGGGCAGUGCAAAUGUCAGCAACUGCCUUACAAAGAGUGUGAAGUAUAAACUCUUAUUUAUUCCUAAAACAUAUGGUUUGCCAUUCGACCAUUUCAGAUGAUACAGGGUUUGCUUUUAUGGUUUUCUUUUUCAAUUUCUGUAAAAAGAUUUAUUUCUACAAGUGAGAUUUAAGAAAAAGAGAAAAUUUAAAUGCUACAAUGACAGAGAGUAAAUUUGAAAGAAUAGGGAUGAUGUAGAGAUAGUCACAAAUUUAUUUUUAUAUGAAUGCGAGGUUGUUUAAGGCAGGGGCAAUCAUUUUAAACAAGAAAAUUGUAAACUGUGAGAUUUGUCUCCACAUUGUCUCUAUAUUCUGCAGCACAGAAAAUAUUUGGGCCAAAGGUCCACUGCUAACAGAAUACAGUCAGUGGAGAAAUGUGAUGUACAUUUUUUCUUUUCAAGUGGAUUUUGAACUCCUGUUUUUUAACUGCACCACAGUAACUGUAAGCCCAUCACUUAAUCACAGAGGCAAUUGAAUUGGACAACUUUAUCACAAUGUUUUGCUUUGUAGCUUCACUGUUUUGGGGAUCCUAUGAUACAUUAAAGACCAUUAUUACAAAACUCUAUUCUGAGUUCUAUCUGGAAAACAUGCGUGUGUCAUUAUGCUACAAAUAAAAAAAAACAACUGUUGCUGAAAGAACUAAAUUUUAUCAUUACUGAAAUGUAUUCCCUAGCAAAAAUCUAAAUACUAACAUUUAGUUGAAGGGAUUUGCAAAAAUAUUAAAGGAAUUGGCAAAGAAAGUGGGUGAUUUUUAAACUGCAAACACAAGGAGCUGCUACUCCAUUACUAUUAAUAUGUCACUGUUACUGCCAAGUAAAAACAGAUGGGUGUCUUCCAUAUAUUGGACACAGAGUAUAUGAGUUGUUGUCUAUGGUUUUUACAACUCCGAAAGUGCCACACAGAGACCAUUUAUUGAUGUUAUUUGAUUUUCUUUAAGAGAAAUGUUUUAUAUUGCGAUAGUAGAACAAUGAGUCCUGGUGCAGACAGCCGAUAGGGGGCUACUUCACUCUGAAAUGAAACCAUUCCAGUGGCCUAUCUUUUUUACCCCUCAAACUAAUCAGGAGUGACAGGCUCAAGAUUGAACCAAUUAAGACGCGGCAAAAAGAAUCUAAUAUUCUGUCAGCCACACCAGUGACCCAGCAAUAUUUAGCUUGUUCGGUGACUCAAAACUGUUCCAGGGGUAUUCCUCCUUCAGACUACUAACACAACAAGGACAUUUGUGUUUAAGUUUCCUGGGGAAAUAGACACAGGUGCUGUUUACACUGAGUAAAUGGGGUUAGAGAAAAGAAUACGCAUCAGAUUUUCACGUCUGACAACCACACGUGUCAAGUUAAACUGUGGUCAAUACCCCAGAGCAAAUGGAGAUCCAGUGAUAAGAGCAGAGUGAGCCUGGGUCAGGACGCAUUGGUAUGCAGCAGGGAGAGGAUGUGCAUUACCAUCAGACUAAAGCUGCUGCUGCCGCAGCCCCGCGCUGCUUUGUGUUCACUUUGGUGGUGGGGGCAGGGUGAACGGAGAUUGAGGCUAAGUGAUGGGACGAUAGGCUAAUGUCCUUGUCUCCUAAAAGAGCAUCUUUUUGGCCAAGCAGUGAUGGAGACGCGAGUACUUACAGGAUGCAUCGGAGUUUAGACGACACAAAUAAUUAAAUCAUGAGUCAACAAAUGACAGUGACAGUGCAAAACAAGUCAAAGAAAAAGUGACUAAGCAGUAUGUUUCCGUUGAAAAAGUAAGAGGGAGAGUGCACGACAACAUGUAGCCUGGUGCCAUCACUAUGAAUUCAACUUAAGAUCGUAAUGCUUGUGUAUUUCAGCUUCAUGCUCCUUGGAAUCUUAAACAACUUAUGGCAACAUGUGUGUAAACCAAAAAUCUUUUAAUCUCAACAUUUCAAUAAGGUAUUAUAUAAUGUUACAAAGUCAACAACCACUUUAUGCAUCUCAGUUAGGAUUUCUUAUUAAUUGGCACUACCCAACUUUGUAGAGACUCACUUUUUAACAAGAGAGGAUGUGUGUAACAUUUCUUAGACGUUGUCUAUCAUCUGACAUCUCACUGUCUAAACUUGUACCAAGUGAUAUCAGAAACUCCACUGAAUUUGUAGAAAUCUGCACCCUUUGCACUCUGGCUCUUUGUAAACUGUUUUGUUUCUUCUUGUCAUCCUCUUGCUCUAACUUUUGUCCUGCCAACAAAAUAAAAACACAAAAAAGUGAAGCAACCCCC